ACCAGAACUCGGGGGGUGGGGGGUGGGGGGUGUAGAGGAUAUGUAUCAGCCAGUGUUUGCGUGGUAAUAACUCAGAGGAAGGCCAUUGACGUAUUGGCUGUAUGAGUUGAUUUCAACUCUUGGUCAGUUGAUCAACUAGUUCUAAUGAGGUUGUAAAAAAAACAACCCUCCAAAGCCAUUAUUUGGAAGUAUGGGAUCUUUUGUUGGGUAAGUCUUACUUACCUUAAACUUGUACUUAAAUAAAUGAACUCCUGGUUAAAUGUAAAUAUAUAUAUAUAUAUAUAUAUAUAUAUAUAUAUAUAUAUAUAUAUAUAUAUAUAUAUAUAUAUAUAUAUAUAUAUAUAUAUAUAUAUAUAUAUAUAUAUAUAUAUAUAUUAUUCCGAAAAAGUUUAAGUUCUUUCUUAAUUCCCGUUUGCCUCGGUUACGAUUGGACAUUUAACGGUAUGACUGUAUUUACUGGUCGUUAGGAUCAAACAAACGCGAAAGAUAGGAUGUGUCAAUAAGAUACCAGUGAACGCGACUGAAAGAUUUAUACACAAAAAUGUUCAGUGCCGUACAGACACAUUCACGUAGGCCUACAGCUGUAAGUUCUAUGUUAUUUUGGUAGAUCAUGUUAUGCGAGUAGAGGGUGCUCUUAGUUUUAAAUAGUUUCACUCUUUGUUUGUACCGUUAUCAUCAGGGUUUCCCCUACCUUAUUUCACGUACCAUUGUAAGGCGUAAAAUAAUUUAUCCUGUUUCAAGAUUUGGCUCGUUAGAUGAACAAUACGUAACAAAGGACUGAAAAGCAACGUACAAAGAAAAGCUAUAACAAAAUCCAGGAAUUUUAAUCUUACGUAUGUUUGUAAAGGUAAUGUCUGUACACAUAAUAUAAAUACGUGUGUUUCUAUCAGAGGCGUAGCGAGGGUGUUUGGCGCCCGGGGACAAGAUCCUUUUUAAAGCGCCCCCUUUUCUUUUUUCAACUCUCAAACCCAUUAUUUUUUACCAAUAAUAUAAUAUCAAAGCACAUUUUGGCGCCCCUAGCUAGCUUGCGCCCGGGGACAUCUGUCCCCCCCCCCUGCCACCCCGUCGCUACGCCUUUGGUUUCUAUACAUGUAAAAUGAAAAAUGUGUACAUAUAUAUAGUUUGUGCGUCUAAUUUUAAUAUAGGAAAUAUUUAAAUAUGUAAUAUUUAUAUGUGUAACAAUUAUACAUGAUAUGUUUAGAAUGUAAAGUUUACAUUGUAACGCAAGUCAAUGUUUAGACGCGUAAAUGUUAUGUAUGCAAAUGCUAUGUCCAUGUUUUCAACCCGAGAAUGUCCCCUACUAUGCAGAACAAAACUAGAUUCACUUUUUUUCCCAUGUAGAAACUCUAUCAGACGGCAGGCGCUCCUUUCAAUAAGACCGUCACAAUCAGCAGUGUGUGUGUGUGUGUGUGUGAACAUAGCGGCGGUGGGGGGUUUAUAGGCUCCAGCAUUCAUCUUACAUGAUCUCAAAAACAAAACAAAAAACACCAUACAGAAGACAUGAAAAUGGUUGCCUACCGACAAUAAACAUCGAUGAUUUGUUCAUCACGGGUUUCUCGCUCACAUUAACCACGUAUUCAACCACUGCCCCUGCCCCCCCCCCCAACCAUAGCAUUAUUAUGUAUAUAUGCUUCACCUUUGUCCAAUUUCAAUGUUUUAACAUUUUCGUUAUAGACACCAAUAAUUCGACUAAUAAACAUCGAUGAUUUGUUCAUCACGGGUUUCUCGCUCACCUUAACCACGUAUUCAACCACUGCCCCUGCCCCCCCCCCCAACCAUAGCAUUAUUAUGUAUAUAUGCUUCACCUUUGUCCAAUUUCAAUGUUUUAACAUUUUCGUUAUAGACACCAAUAAUUCGACUACAACGAGGGACAAACCGAAACCGUGAGUGACUGACUCAACUUGAGUGACCAACCCAACUGUGAGUGACCAACCCAACUGUAAGUGACCAACCCAUCUUGAGUGACCAACCCAACUGUGAGUGACCAACCCAACUGUGAGUGACCAACCCAACUGUGAGUGACCAACCCAACUGUGAGUGACCAACCCAACUAUGAGUGACCAACCCAACUGUGAGUGACCAACCCAACUGUGAGUGACCAACCCAACUGUGAGUGACCAACCCAACGGUGAGUGACCAACCCAACGAGUGACCAACCCAACCUUGAGUGACCAACCCAACCUUGAGUGACCAAGCCAACUGUGAGUGGCGAUCAUAAAGGUCACGUGACGAUAUCUGCCAAUGGUUGUUAAACAGUGCAUGUCAGCAGGAGGCAUUGACCGCAGACAAAUGCCACGAGAAGGCUGACAGCGCCGGUGAUUAGACACCACCCCAACAUGAUGGACGGUUUCAUCCAACCGCACCCCGUCCAGGGUUGGGGUCAAGGUCACCAGGGCGAGAGACUAUUCAACACAGCACCGGUGGGUUAAUUUUUAUGAUGGAUUUAAAAAAAAAACAAAAAAACGAUAUGGUCCCUUUCAGGCUUUUUAGUGUCAAGUCAAUAAAUAUUUAGUGUUACAUUAAUGAAUAUUUAGUGUCGAGUCAAUUAAUGUUUAGCAGUUUACUGAAUAGUCUAUUAGGACGGCGAAUUUGUACAAUUAUAUUUGAUUUCGUAGGUCACAUGGUUCACAUGAUUAGAAGAACACCCUUGACAAAUUAACCAUUCAGGCUAGAUAUUUACUAAACUAUCUUGUGUUCUGGAGUAUGACACCUAAUUGUAUGGAACAUGACACCUACUUUUGUAGAAUAUGACACCUAGUUUUGUAGAAUAUGACACCUAGUUUUGUGGACUACGACACCUAGUUUUGUAGAAUAUGACACCUAGUUUUGUGGACUACGACACCUAGUUUUGUGGAAUAUGACACCUAUUUUUGUGGAACAUGACACAUAGUCUUGUGGUACGUGACACCUAGUCUUUGGUAGGUGACACCUAGUCUUGUGGUAUGUGACCUAGUCUUGUGGAAUAUGACUUCUAAUCGUGUGGUAUAUUACAUCUAGUUUGUGGAAUAUGGCACCCAGUCUUGUGGAAUAUGCCACCUGGUCUACAAACAGACCUGCCUUCUAAUCAAGUAUUUAUUAACCCAUUCCCUUCCUCCCACAGGCGCACAACUCAAUGCCAUACCCAGCGGCCAGCCCGGCUGACUCUCUUUACGACGACCUGGACGAUGAGCUUGACCCCUAUGACGCCAUCUACGGUGAACUUGACCUCCAGAAGGUCUACGGCCAACAGCUGGCCAUAUGGACCCACAGGAAUCCCGAGACCAUCGCACUGUUCACACCCGUCCAAGGGGACACUUUCAUGAACAUCGUGGCAUUCGCCAGGACCUCUCUACAGUUCAAUACAGCCGUGGACAAGGUGAGAGCUCAUGAUAUUAAGGAAAAGGACAACGUCAUUGCUGGUAAGAGGUUCGAACCCAUGGCUUGCCUUUGUUUCUGCGCUUUAUACCCCGACCUCACUUUUCCCCUAUAAGCUGUUUUUUUUUGGCUAUACCCACUUAAAAUAUCCGUACAGAUCCAAGAAUAGUACCGUAUUUCCGCGUAUAUAAAACGGGUCUUAUUACAAGUUUUACGUACUCCGCACCCAGGGUGGGUCUUAUAAAUGGGAGGGUCUUAUAAAUGGGUGGGUCUUAUAAAUGGGUGGGUCUUAUAAAUGGGUGGGUCUUAUAAAUGCGUGGGUCUUAUAAAUGGGUGGGUCUUAUAAAUGGGUGGGUCUUAUAAAUGGGUGGGUCUUAUAAAUGGGUGGUUCUUAUAAAUGGGUGGGUCUUAUAAAUGGGUGGGUCUUAUAAAUGGGUGGGUCUUAUAAAUGGGUGGGUCUUAUAACUGCGUGGGUCUUAUAAAUGGGUGGGUCUUAUAAAUGGGUGGGUCUUAUAAAUGGGUGGGUCUUAUAAAUGGGUGGGUCUUAUAAAUGGGUGGGUCUUAUAAAUGGGUGGGUCUUAUAAAUGGGUGGGUCUUAUAAAUGGGUGGGUCUUAUAAAUGGGUGGGUCUUAUAAAUGGGUGGGUCUUAUAAAUGGGUGGGUCUUAUAAAUGGGUGGGUCUUAUAAAUGGGUGGGUCUUAUGUCAAAUUUAUUUUACACAAAUCGUUAGAUACGGAUGCGUCUUAUAAUUAUGUGCGUCUUACAUGCGCGAAAAUACGGUAAUGACUUCCUACAGGGAAGAUUGACAUUUUAAUGCUUUUUAGCAUAAUUUAAAACUUGUAAAGCGCUAACUAGAAACUGUGAGGGUUUUUUCUAGAUAAAAACUCCCAAAUCGAGAUGAAAUUGAUUUUUAUGCGCUCUCAACAAAUUGCUGUCAGUUUGGCAAUCACAGCUAAACAAAAAAGUGACAAGCACAACCACAAAAAACAAAUGCUGGUUUCUAGUUCAAUAUUUUUUGUGACAUUUAUGCUACACACGCACUUACCCACUUAAGUUCGUAAUCAAUUUAUGGAUGACUCCCUGAUGGGGAAUGCGAGUCGAGUACAAGGGAAUGUGGCAUAGUCAGGCUAGUCUAGAGUGGUCACUGCACCUGGUCAUCAGUUGUAAGGGUAGAUGUCAGUCUUUUCUGGUCAGGGGCUACACCAACUACCCAAGUCCCGCCAAAUUAUCCGAAGUGGUUUUCAACGUUUAAUAUCUAUUGUUUCGGCACUUAAGUGAAAAGUAUUGUAUAAAUAUAUCGUGUUUUUUUUAAUGCAGUUGGACAGCUUAACAGAGAGAAUUCUGUUUCUUUAAAAAUAGCUUUAAUAACGUAUCGACAAUAGCUGACAUUUAGGGAAACCUUAAAUUAAGCCUAAGACAGGAUUCCUAUUUCCAUCAGAAUUAGGCCUACAAUAGGGUCUCUGUUCCCAGCUGAAGAAUGCGUAAGAUAAGGUUCCUAGAUGAUAUAUCAGAUUCUUUAUUCUAGAUGAACUUCUAUCCCACCCUGCAGAUGAUGGUGCUUCUACCAGGACACAAGAGGCCCCUGGACAUGGAAAGUGUGUUUAUUGUCAAGCCUGGCACCGCUAUCAUCAUUGCCCCCCUGUAUGACUACAUGAUCACACUGGAGAUCAAACAGCUGGGCCACAAGAUAGACAUGGUGGUGAGUUGAGUUACCUACAAAACUUUAAGAUAGUCAUGAUGGUGAGUUACCUACAAGACUUUAAGAUAGGCAUGAUGGUGAGUUACCAACAAGACUUAAAGAUAAGCAGGAUGGUGAGUUACCUUCGCGACUUUAAGAUAGGUAUGAUGGUGAGUUACCAAAAAAAAAAGACUUUAAGAUAGGCAUGCUGGGGAGCUAGCUACCUACAAGACUCUGGCUUGUUUUUGUAUGUAUAUAGUUUGAUACAAUGAGCCCAAGGAAUCUCAAACCAUUUGUUGAUUUAGGAUUGACAUUGUGUAUUUCUAAAAGCUUUUAAAUUGCCUUUAAAAAAAAGUAAUGUUGGGUUUGAAUUCAUGUUUUUCCUUCAGGUUUUCCUCUACUUUGUUUCACUCAUUUCAUUUUUUGGCUAACCUGAUUGUAGUAUUUCCCCAUUAUUACCAGUUUAAAUUUAUGGCUUUAAGAUAGUACACUUCUUAUAUAUACUAACUUAGUUAGAAAUAUUGUAAAUUAUAGUUUUUCAGUAAAUUGUAUCUUUUAUGAUGUACCCGGUAUGGAUAGUGCUAAAUAGAUUUUAAACGAAAUAGAUCUAAUUUUAUAAGCCGAUAGCACGCAAGUAACCUUAUUUGGUUCAUAUGAUGUUUCCAUUACUAUCAAAAUUCACCAAGCCAUUUGUUUCUGUUCGCCUCCAGCUCAACAUCACAAUGACGGUACUGGAGCUGAAGACACGACUACAAACUGAAAGAGGUUACCCGUCUGACCGCAUGGACCUGCUCUACAAGGACAGGCCGCUCGAGAACGUCCGAUACCUGUUUGAAUACGGACUGGCUCACAGCAGCACCAUUUUCGUCCUCCUCAACCUGAAGAACGACAUCUUGGUUCACGUGGAGACGUUCUGGGGCAAGCAGUACCACCUCUACGUCGACUCGUGCACGACUGGAUUCGGGAUCAUCGCCAGCAUUCUCAGGCGCACCGUGAGCCAAAGUGUUGUGGACGUGGUGCGACUGUACGAGCUCUUCCUGCCCAAACAUACGCUGGUCCUCUACCUGGGGUCGAGGGUCAUCGACUGGGACAACUGCUUGGGGUUCUACGGCGUCGUCGACGGCAACGUGCUGACCAUGUCCACCAUAGGGUUGGCCCACGACAUGGCCAUACAGAAAGUGCCGGUCCUGCUGGACACUGGGCGCCUGCAUCACAUCCUCGUCUCCAAAUUUGACAGAUGGUCUACGGUGGUUCUCAAGCUGCACGGCAUGACGGGCUACCCGGUAAAUCUGAUGAAGUUGCUGAGGCACAACAGCCUCCCCUUAGACUUCACCGACGCCAUCGGCUCCGUGUCCAGCAACGCAAAAGCCGUAACCCUUGACCUCUCCGCCAUGAAAAUGGACGACGAUCUGCUUUACGGUAUCCCCCUGAAGUUCAAGAUAGCACGAGGCAUAACCGAGUUGCUCAAAGUCGCCCCCAGUCGCACCAUCAAAUCUGUCAAAGAUACCCUCGAGAGGGUCGGUGUGCCGAAUGCUUCCAUGUACGACCUGGUGGUGGACGGCUACAGGUUGCCCAACAACAAGAGGGUCGUCGACGUGAUCGAGGAGUACAAGGUACCCAUUGAACUCAGUUUGAAGCAGUACCCAGUAUUCAUUCACGGCCACCAGAAUGUCAUCUACAAAAUGCUGGCCUACAGCAAGGAAACGUUGGCCACAUUCCUGAUGAGGGUGAAGAUGAAAACUGGCUUAUCCUUCAAGGACUAUCUCCUCCUUAUUUGCGGUACGGUUCUUAAUGAUGACGAGAGCCUGCCUGUCUUCGACACGCGUAUCUCCGUCAAGUCUUCCAUAUUCCUUAUACCCAGGAAACAGUAUAGAUCCUUCUUUAUCCUUCACGACGACUGGCUCACCAAGCUGAGAAUACCCUCAUACCCCAAAAUCAAAGACAUCAAAGACCUUCUUUGGAAGGAGAGAAACGUGCCGGAGGGAGGGCUCGCUUCAAUAGGAAGCUUCCUGCAGUGGUACUUUGGCGCCCAGGGCAGGGACGGGGCGGUUAAGCAAGAAGAAACCCCCCUCAAGGAGAGAAUGCUGGAGUACGAGCAGAAUAUCGGCAACAGAUUUAUGCACCUCAAAGUUGAACAGCCCAACAGACGUCACCCGAGCAACAUAAAGCUGGAGGACGAAAGUCUCGAAGAGCUGGAGAAGAUGGUGGCCAAACAAGAGGAGAAGAACCGAGCUCGCUCACUACCACCGCACAGCCACCGAAGAAAAUCUCGACUGCCCCCCAUCCACAGACACAUGUCCGCCGAUGCCAACAGGCCCGCGGAUCGUCACGGUUUGGUCAAACGCAAAGCCUACACCACGAUGCAGGACGUCAAGCCGCGCAAGGGGAGGAGAGGCAGCAGAAAUAAAACGGGGGAACAAACUGUUAUACCACCGCCCGUUUAUAAAUACACGGACGGGGCGGGAGAGGCUGGAGGCGAUGAUCAAAAUAAAGAAUGGGUUUUUUGUCUGAGGCAUGACUACACGUUGCCCGCUAAAGGGGGACGACCGACACAUCAUUAGUUUGUACUUAUUCAAUAAGAGUUUCAAUCAAGUUCUUCCAGUUUUAGGGAAAUUUGUACCCAUUCAAUUAGAGUUUCGAUCAAAUUCUUUCAGUUUAAGGGGAACGUUGUACUUAUUCAGCUAGAGUUUCAAUCAGUGUCAAUCAAGUUCUUCCAGUUUUAGGGGAACUUUGUAGCCUACUCAUUCAAUUAGAGUUUCAAUCAAAUUCUUCCAGUUUUAGGGAAAUUUGUACCCAUUCAAUUAGAGUUCCAAUCAAAUUCUUCCACUUUGAGGGGAACUUUGUACUCAUUCAAUUCGACUUUCAAUCAAAUUCUUCCAGUUUAAGGGGAACUUUGUACUUAUGCAGCUAGAGUUUCAAUCAGUGUCAAUCAAGUUCUUCCAGUUUUAGGGGAACUUUGUAGCCUACUCAUUCAAUUAGAGUUUCAAUCAAAUUCUUCCAGUUUUAGGGAACUUUGUACUCAUUCAAUAACUGAUCUAUUUUGAGUCAUGUUCCUAUGAGAGAUCAACUCUUCAAAAACUGCCAUUGAAUCGUUAGAGACAAAUUUGACACAAAAAUAAAAGGAACUUUUCUUUAGGGGGUCUUACUUUGUCAUGUGAAUUUGAUCAAGUCAACUGCUCACCACCUGCAUGGCUCUGCUCACCACCUGCAUGGCUCUGCUCACCACCUGCAUGGCUCUGCUCACCACCUGCAUGGCUCU